AUGCGUGGUGACACUAUCUACUACGUGAUUUGGCAGAUCUUUUGGUUGGUGUCCUAUAGUCAAAGGUAAAAUACGCCUUGCUUAACCAAUAUUGGGUAAACGCAUUUUUUUAAUUUUUGAGUUGUACUUUUUUAUUAAACACAAUCUUAAGAUAAGUACGUGUAACAUUGUCCACGUCCUGUAAUAGUACGUUAGGCUAAUAUGUAUAGUAACAUAUAGUAAUAUAUUAAUAAUAAAUUUAACAAACUAUUAUAGUAAAUAAUAUAGUAACUUCAACUAUUUUCAGUCUAACCUCAGAAGAACGUACGGAAUUAGCACGCAAGUUCAAGUACUAUCAUGCAUCAGUUAGGCCGAACGACCGGUUUAAUCUGGUCGAAACUGUGAAUGGUACUUUUUUUGGUCUGCAUGCUGAAAUAGCACUAGUCUCUACCAAACCCUCAAAAUCUUUCUAUGAUCUCGAAAUGUUGCUGGCUUUACAUUACAGCGACGAGCGACUAAACAUACGUGAAAUUAGUGGAAGUAUCAUUUUGCCUCAGGAAUUUACAGCAUGGACACCAGAAAUACAGUACGAACCAGAGAUUAGUAAUACUAAAAGAUUGUACUUGGACCCUCGUACUGGACAGAUCAACUUUGCGGUGCGGUAAGAUACGAAUCUGAUUGUUUGGGCUUUAGGAAGUUGAACUUUUUUAAAAUUCGAGUUUUUUUAAUUGAAAUUUAGAUUUUUUUUAUUUAAAAGUGACACUUCUAAUGUUUUUUCAGCCUAAAAUCGAGUAUAAGUUGUGAAACUCAGGAAUGGACCACACCUUUCAACACCUAUUACUGUGUCACACAUAUAAAUACUGAGCCAGGUAGGUAUUUCAUACCUUUUAUCAAUAUUAUCUAAAGUAUAGUAAUAUAAUCUUAAGUUUUCUACAAUAAUAUCGCAACCCUAAUAGUUAAAAUUAUUUAUCUUAAUAAUAUAGUAAGAUAUGUUAGUCAUACCAUCCAUUUUACAGACCAACGUAUCUUCGUCCGACUAACCAGGGACUUGCGACCUGAUUCAGAAGUGAGUAAGAUGUAUUGUCACAUCGACGAAUGGCCUGGUUUUACAUUGACAUGUAAGAUGAAGGCGGAAUGGUUAGCGGUGAUAGCUCGCAGUUACUUUCCAUCAUUUUUGGUAUUCGCGACAGUCGUCUUUUCACAAUGGAAACGAAGAAAAGUCCAAAUUGUAUUGGCACUUGGGGGCAUCGUUUGUGUUCUACUUUUGGUAAGGGUUUUAUACAGUGUUGUUGAUACUUCUCAUAGUGAAAACAGUAGUCAAUAGCAGUUAAAGAAUCAUUCGUUAUGCAAUUACGAAUGAGUUUUUACUUGAAAACUUUACAUUGUAGUACUAAUAAGACAAAGGCCUUUGUCUUAUUAGUACUGCGAAUGUAUUCAACUCUGAAUAAAUUGUUCAAAACUUUGUUAAUUUAAAAGCAUUUUUAAGCAAAACACCCGCCCAGCCAGUGACACCUUUACCCUUUAUGACCUAUGGUUCGUCGGCACCUUCCUCCAUCUGAUUUCCGUCCUCUUAAUUGAUCUCAUACUCCCAACACGUCGCAUAGUAAAAACCACGUAUUCUACUGAGAAAGUCGAUUCACAAAAGACUUUGAAUCGAAACCCAUCUAAAGGCACGUUAGUGGCAGCUUAUACAACUACUACCAAAGAUGCACAACGCCUUUACCGACCACCAAUCGGCAGUAGGAGUUGGGAAGAAAGAAUUGGAUUUAUCGACCAAAACAGGGUCAAUUCUUUUGAGUACGAGUUGGCUGAGGAAGAGAAUGGUAAGAUUUUGUAAUAUUGUUUAAACUAUUAAAUAACGUCGUAUAUAUGCAUAGAAAUAUGUAUACGACCUAAUAUAGAAGAGUUUGCUGUAAAAAAUUUUUACAUAUAAGACUAUAAAAUCUUCAGUAGAAGACGAAGAGGAUGAAGAAAACAUGAGGACCACUUAUGUUCAUGUAGAAACCGUACCAGCUACUCCAGCAACCAGACCUAGAAACUUUUCCACCAUGUCAACAUCGUAUCAUCACUCACCGUCGCCAAUGAUGAAGCGAUCGCAAAUGAUGAGUUCGUCGAUGAAUUCAUCAAUAAAACCUCAGGAAAAGCGUACUGUAACUCGAAUGGGAUUAGGAAAAAAGAAAAAACUGUGUUUACUAUGCAUCGUUAUAUCGUAUACUGUCUUCUUCUGUGCCUACUUUUGUCUUGUUCUCUUUGUUUUGGGGUGA